AUGACGUCCAGCCAGCCUAGAGAAGGUCCGGGCCGCCUGGAACCACCCGGGCGUGCAGCAUGGGAUAUUCCGUAUGAGACAGUGGAUUUUUUUGGUGGCGGUCGCAUCGGUUUCCUUAAGUUAAAAGCCGAAGUCAGCAACGAUGACGGAGAGAGAUUGCCUGGCUCGGUUUUCUUGAGAGGUGGUAGUGUAGCUAUGAUGUUGAUACUGCAAGCAGACGACGCGCCCUCCAAUUCAGAGACGGACAAGCAUGUGAUCCUCACACUUCAAGCGCGGGUUCCGUCUGGGUCGCUUGCUAUGACGGAGCUACCUGCGGGGAUGCUCGACGACGCGGGGACCUUCGCUGGUGGAGCGGCGAAAGAAAUUGCCGAAGAGACUGGGCUAGAGAUUUCGGCCGAAGAGCUAAUUGAUAUGACAGCACUGGCUAUUACCGCCUCAGCUGAGGGCACAGAGUCAAGCGAGAAAUUGCAGAGGGCGAUGUAUACAUCCCCAGGCGGCAGCGAUGAAUUCAUUCCACUGUUUCUUUGGCAGAAGCGUGUGCCAAGAGAGACAUUGAAGGAUUGGCAGGGGAAACUUACAGGAUUGAGACAGCACGGGGAGAAGAUCACGCUGCAGCUUUGUCGGUUGGAAGAUCUGUGGAAAAUUGGAGCAAGAGACUCUAAGAUUCUGGGCGCUGUGACCUUAUAUGAAGGAUUGAGGAGGGAAGGCCGGACCUGA